AACAGUUGCUCCUGAAUACUUAUAUAUACAGCAACAUGUAUGCUGAAAUACUCCUCUCCUGUAGUUUGUUAGACAGUAACACGCAUUUGUAAAACAAAUCUGUAGUUGAAAGUUAGCAGUUGCCUGAAGACAUUCUUUGACCAUUUCAGGUUUAGUGUUUAACAUUCCUGAGUAAUUCCAAAGUUCCACUGCAAGCAAGCAUGCUGUUUUGACAAAUACUUGUCUGAUAGUAUUCUUCAUAAUCAGUUCCUGCCGGCACAUCCCACUAACAUGGAAUUAUAUUAUGGGGGGACAAAAUACAUACAAAUCCAGUGCUUCAUUACGUAGCCACUUCAUUCGACAAUUACUUAUGAAUGAAAUCUUUGUUUGAAUCAACAUGUAGUCCACUUGAUGGUCUGUUACUUUAAAACCACAGAAGAAGAGAGACCUCAGUGACUACACAGAACCAGUUGAAGGGAACACCUCAUGUUUUCGGUAAUCUCAAACUAGGAAGACCAGCUCAGUGUGCGGAAUCGUAAACCCCUCACCUACCCCCCCGAAGGCUCAGCUAGUUCUGGGAUGAGGAAGUGGAAUGAUUAAAUAAAUACUUUCUUCCUUGCCGACCGGCUCUGAGCCAGCCCUCAGACAACUUCCUCCUAUGACUAGAAUGAGCGCACGCACGCACGCUCAGUCAGGGUGAAGCUCUCACAGCAAACACAGAGGCUCUUUCCCGGGCAAGCCGAGGUUCCAGUCCACUACUCACUGAACGUAAGAAUUGCCAGAGAAUGCCGGUCUCUUCCUCCGUGUCGCUUGUCAGUGUUUCCAAAACUGACACCGUUGAUGUGGAGUGACAACAUUCAAGUAAGCAACGAGAAGGAUCCCCCCCAACAGACAGUCCUGAGAGAGAGAGAGAGAGAGAAGCAGGGAGGAGGAUCAGCUCCCUAACGCAGACACACACACACAGGCAUCAGAGAACCCUGUGGCAGCAUGGACCACCAGCAUGGCAGAGUGGAACGCUUCCUCAAGCUGGGCUACACCCACAGGGACAUCCUGCGGGUGUUGGAAAGCCUCCACCACGAAGCCCAGACCAACGACAUCCUGGAGGAACUGAUCAAGACCUGCCAGACCAGCAGCUCCACAGACACCACGAGCUCCACAACCAGCCGGCCCGCCCACAACAGCCCUCAGUUGGUCCCCAGAGGGUGUAGCCCACCACAGGCCUGCACGAGCCCAAGCCCACCACCCCUCCAGCUCAGAAACUCAGCAGAAAGAGACACCACUGGUGGCUUCAGACCGGUGGUCAUAGAUGGGAGCAAUGUGGCCAUAAGCCAUGGCAACAAGAAGGUGUUUUCGUGUCGCGGGCUGCAGCUGGCUGUGAGGUGGUUCUGGGAGAGGGGUAUCCGUGACAUCACCGUGUUCGUGCCUCUUUGGAGGAAGGAGCAACCCCGCCCUGAGGCCCCAAUCACAGAUCAGCACAUCCUGCAUGAGUUGGAGAAGAGAAAGAUCCUGGUGUUUACCCCGUCUCGCUGCGUUAACGGGAAGCGGGUGGUGUGCUACGACGAUCGCUACAUCAUCAAACUGGCCUACGACUCUGACGGCAUCAUUGUGUCCAACGACAACUACCGCGACCUGCAGAUUGAGAAGCCCCAAUGGAAGAAGUUCAUCGAAGAGAGGCUGCUCAUGUACUCAUUCGCAAAUGACAAGUUCAUGCCACCAGACGAUCCGCUGGGAAGAAAUGGACCAACGAUUGACAACUUUCUAAGGAAAAAGCCCUGGACCCUGGAGAACAAACAGCAGCAUUGCCCAUAUGGAAAGAAGUGUACUUACGGAGUGAAGUGCAAAUUCUACCACCCAGAGCGUUCCAACCAAUCACAGCUGUCCGUGGCUGACGAGCUGCGAGCGAAGAGCAAGCCUGCAUCAGACAGAGAGCAGCCAUACGUCCUCCCAGCUGGGAGUCAGGGGAGCGGUCAGGAGACACUCAUGUACACAGCCCCGUAUCACGAGCCCGACCGCAUCACUCAGCAAUACAGAUAUCCCUCCACCCCGCCUCCCCUUAGAACAGAGGACCAUUCCCACAGGUCCUCCUCUUGUGAACUGUUCACCCAGCAGAGAGACUCAGGAAGCCCUGGUCUUUUGCGUCCGCCCAGCCUCCGCCUCUGCCCCAGCCCCCGCCUCUGCCCCAGCCCAGACACAGACGAGGCCUUCGGGUCCAUGGAGAGCUCCUUGUCCAGGCUCUACAUCCAGGACUCUUCCAGGAGCUACCCCAAAGGUGUAUCCUACACCUACAGUAGUGGGGUAGCGGGAUGCAGCCAGGGCAGUGAAGACUGCUACUACAGCUUUGGGACACAGGGGCACCUCUCCUCAGGGGGCUACCAGCCCCCCGGCAGGGUGCCUCAGUGUGGCUGUGACCGGCCCCGCUCUUGUGAGCUCCCAGCAUGCAACCACGUCAUCUACAGCCAGCAGACACACCUCCGGGCCCCGUCCCUGCCCUCUGCAGGGAGAGGCUCCUACCAAGGCCCGUUCCCCAGAGAUGAGAACGCCCUCCUGGGCUACUACUCACCCCGGCACAGCCACAGCCUUCCAGACUACCCCUGGGGCCAGUGCCCCUCUGACGUGGGGGCGGGGCUUAGAGAAGACUGCUUCUCGGGUGAGGACAGAAAGAAUGUAAGCAUCCAACUGAGCACCGUGUUCCCUCAGAGCGUGGUGGAGCAGGUGAUGAGCCAGUAUCCACACAUCUUGGACAUGGACAAGCUGGUUCCUCUCAUCCACAGAUUCAGGACCAGCCACUGCUCCUUCUGAGGCAGCUGCCCCCUGCCUUCAUUCUUCCAUAGCAUUAAAACAUGCCAAAAGUAACGACUCCUCAGGAGGAAGCUUGAAAAUGUAGCAGUCUCAUUUGAAUUUCUCGUGAUUUGUACAAGUGCAAUGCACUACUCUUUAUGGAUGUUAUGUUAUUUUGCACCAAGCAUUGGCCUGGAGAUUAUCAAAACAGCAAGUGCUGUUUUAUUAUGUAGCCUCAAAAUGAGGAAAGCUAUACUAAAGAAUUGAAGGGCUAGUUGUCUGUACUUGAUAUACCGAAUGAUACUUUCCUGAAUGUUUCAUGAUUUUGUAAUACGUUAAAUAAAAGUACUUAUUUUUAUUAUUGUCUAUUGUCCUUUUUGUAUAAUGCUUUAGGAUUAAAGAAAAAGCUUUCUUCACUCACCACUUAGUUAUUUUCACCAACUUUGUGUGUCCUUAGCGCCAUCUACUGGAGAGAAGAUUAAUAGGGCUUACAAAGGAAACGAAAUGCGGGUCGAUUCCAGAUAACGAUCGAAGAGGAAGAGAAUUUCAGAAUAGAUUUUUUUUUAUUUUUACAAAUAACUUAUCUGUUACAAAGACAGUUUUCCCAGCUAAAAUCAAAAACACUUUAGAUAUCCAAAUUAUUAUUUUUUAAUUAAUAAAACAUGUAUGAACCAACUUCACACAGAGUUGCAGAUCAAGCUUUCUUUGGUUUGUCUUUGGUUUACGAGAAAUAGUAUCGCAUAAGUGCUUAAGAGACAACUACUGAUUUUAGACUACGAUUUUUUUUAAAUUGAUCGCUUUUUCUCGAACGAUAAUCUGUUUUGGUUUUGAAAGUGGCAUCUUGAUUUGUGACCGCACAGAUAAUCAAUACAAACACCUAAGGCAGUAAUGUGAGGCAGCAUAUCGCAUGUGAAAAAAGAUUCCACAAUUAGGGUAAAGUCAUUAAAAUAGUAAACUUUGAAACCAUCCUCGACAAGCAGAAGCUUCACGAGACAAAUUAAACCCAAUAAGAGUAAGAUCGUACAAAGAGGAACGUUGUUUUUAUAAUGUUUGAAAUAACCACUGUCAUUUUUGUACUGUAUUGUUUUGUGGAGAUCCUCAAAAAUUCUGUGAGGGAGAAUACAAGUCACAUAUCCCUACAUAAAUAUUUCUUGAUUGGAAACAGGAAUACUUAAAACAUUAAAACAUAUUCAUCCUGAUCUUUGGUACACUCAUGAAAACCCAAUUUAUACUGCAUAGCAACUACGCAUAUUCUGAAAGCCAUCAGGAAACAGUUGCCUUUCACCAAACUGUACAGGGAGGAACACCUUACAAUAUAAUAGGAUACAAUUCCAUCUUCCAUGCUUCUGUUUAGAUGUAAUUGGUUUGGAUGAAUCGUCCAUGAGUCUCUUCUGGCACAAAUGUGUAAAAGUCCCCAAAUAUUAAACCUACAUUCCAGUUGUCAGAUAAGAUGGCAGUUUGUCGUUAGAUUUUUUUCCAUUUUUGUUUUUCAGCCAGUCCAAGAUCUCUGGCGUCCACGAAAUUCCUCCAUCUCACGACUUUCCUGCAUCCGCAGAUCGUACACGAGAAGCUCUGCGAUUACAGAGCGAUUACAGAGCGAUUACAGAGCGGUGAAGAACGCAGAACCGCCGAGGCUCGAUCGUUUCCACUGCUGCUCUGCUUCAGCGACGCUUCAAAUCUCACAGAAAUCAAGUAAAAGCUUAAAGAGGGACAGCUUGCUUAUUUGUUGGAGGCACAAAAAAGACAAAAACAAAAGCUAAUAAAGUCUAUAAAGCUAUACUUACAGGAAAUACAAGUGAUUCAUAGUGUGAGGAAGAAGAAGGCAUUUAAGGCACAUUCUAAAAUGAUGUACAGUGAAAAUCUCAAGGGCAUCUCUUCCCUUUAUGUACUGUACACGCAUGCAAUUUAGUUUCCUUUUUGUGGGGGGGUUUGUUUACUGUAGAUCAAAGAGACGCAGCCUCGAAAGGGGCACUACUUGGAAGGGCGAAAGGCAAGUUUUGGGUGGCAGUAACAAGGCUAGCUUCCCCUUAUCAUCCCGUAGAAACAGCAAACAAACAAAAAGUAGUCUGUUGGUUUUCCCUUCAGGCGGCAGCUGUGGCGGUUGACCAAAGUUCCCAUGCCUGAUUGUGCCGCCACAGAAGAAAAA